UCUCUCCACUAUAGGCUAAUUAGAAAGCCAGAAGAACACAGACUCGAAGAGGAAGAAAUCUCCAAAAAACACAUAUAUUUUUUCUGUCUGGUGCUGCUCAAGGAAGAGUGACGAUGGAGGAGACGUACCUUGUCAACCAUCCAGGAGUCAGGAAGAAGAUCCUGGCAGGAGGAGCAGGACCGCUGCCACACUUUGCACCUGGGACAAAGCUGGUUUUCCAUUUCCAGACUCUGCUGGACGACUUUGAACGAACAGUCAUCGAUGACAGUCGACUGGCCGGCAGACCGUGUGAGAUCUUUUACGGAAAGAUGUUCAAGAUGGAGAUCUGGGAGACCCUGUUGGCGUCCAUGAGGAUUGGAGAGGUGGCUGAGUUCUGGUGUGAUGCCAUUCACACAGGCUUGUACCCCAUCGUGUCCAAGGGAAUGAGGCUAAUCGCUCAAGGGAAAGACCCACUGGAGGGCCAGAGACACAUGUGCGGCAUGGGAAACAUGUUCCACUAUCACUCCACCGGGUUCCCAGAGCUGGACGAGCUAAUGAGAACUCCUCAGCCACUUAUAUUUAUCAUGGAGCUGCUGCAGGUGGGAGACCCCAUGUCCUACCAAAGAGAGUCCUGGAUGAUGGAGAAGGAUGAGAAGCUGCAGAUGGUGCCAAUCCUCCACAUGCAGGGCAACGCGCUGGUCAAGCAGAGACAAUACAGAGAGGCUGCCAGCAAGUACAAAGAGGCCGUGCUGCUGCUGAGAACAGUCCAGUCCAGAGAGAUGCCGGGCGAUGUGGACUACAUUAAUUUGGGUCGGAUGAUCGUCCCCCUGGAGUUGAACUACUGCCAGUGUAUGCUGGAAGUGGAGGAGUAUUAUGAAGUUAUAGAGCACACCACCGAGCUGCUGGAGAAACACAAAGACUGUGUGAAGGGCUACUACAAGAGAGCCAAGGCCCACGCCGCCGUGUGGAAUGAGAAGGAAGCCCGGAGAGACUUCAACACGGUGGCCAACCUGGACGCCACUCUGGCCUGUCUUGUCGGUCGAGAGCUGAAGGCCCUGACAGACUGCAUGAGGGAAAAGUACUGGGAGGAGAAGGAGACAUACUGGAACAUGCUGGAGAAAAAGGAGAAUGGAGAAGACGAGGAGGAGGAGGAGGAGGAGGAGGAGGAGGAAGGUAAACAAGAAGACAGUGAAAGUGUGACCGCAGGGAGUAAAGAUGAAGUGGAGGGAGAGAAAGGUAAAGACGAACCUCCAUCCAUUCACUCUGCCGAAGAAGCCCAUAAAGAGGAGCUCGGGGGAAAUAAGUUUACACCAACUGAAGGAAGAGAUAACGAAGAGGAAGCGAGCUCUUCCGAGAUCAAUCAAAACGCCAGCGGUAAAGAAGAGGGGAAGGACUGGCAGCAGAUGUUACGACUGGUCAUGUUCCUGCAGAACGAAGGAAACUUCCUCGUUAAAGAAAACGAGUUUGAAGAGGCAUCUGCAAAGUUCACGGAGGCCAUCGGGUACGUGGACGUCCUCCAGAAUACGGUGGAUCAACAUGGCGAGGACUGGGACUCGCUUGACAAAGUGCGUCUCCCGCUGACCCUCAACCUCAGCCAGUGCAUGCUGGAGCUCAAACAACACGGCCGAGUGGUGGAGCUCAACGACGAGCUGCUGAAGAAGCACAGAGGUAACUUUAAGGCGGUGUAUCAGCGAGCACGAGCACACGCUGCUUUGUGCAACGAGUCCGAAGCUCGGAGGGACUUCGCUACGGUGGAGAAACUGGACCCAGCGUUCAAACCCUUCGUUCGCCAGGAGCUGAAAAAGAUGGGCGACAGGCUGCGUACCAUGCUCGCCCGCCAGAACAAGACCUACAGCGACACAACACAGGAGAAGUGGGGGCCUGGUGGGAGCAAGGCAAAGAGCGCAGCAGGAAAGAAGAAGAAUAAAGAAGAAAAAAAACCCGAAGCACAUAAGAAGAAGACAGAAGACAGUGAGACGGAAGACAAGGAAAGCUCACAGAAAGCCGCCCCUGCUGCGAGCGAGGGAGUGGAUGACGCAGGAACAGAGAGGGAUCCAGAUGUGAAAGCAGAGCGGAGUAAUAAAGAGCUAGAGAGUGGGAGAGAGACGAGCGGAGAGGGGUUAGAUAAUGAAAACACAGAGUGUGUCGUGGUUCAGGGUGCACCAGAUAAUCGAACGACAGAUAGAGAUAGCGAUCCCGCUGCGGCCAACGGCACAGGCACAGAUAGUGUAGCGAGCAAGAGAUCAGCGCGGGAUAAGGUCAGGAAGAAGGUCAAAUGCCAAUCAAGUUCUCCACUGGUCCCAAGCAGGAAAAGCCAAGGGGACAAAGCCGCCUGUGAUAAGACAGGAAACGCUGGCACUCAAUCAGAAUAGGGUUAAAGUUGUCGUGUGAAGACCCAAAACAACACUGAAGCUAAAUACACAUUAAACUAACAGCAAUAUGGAUGCAGAAAGAGAAACGACAAGCAAUAAACAGCCAAGUUUCAACAGGGAUUAUUGAUUCUGCCACAUACAAAUCCAAAUAUAAACACAAGGAGAAGAAUUCAUAUAAA